AUGAACUCAAAGCACCCAAUGGUUAACUUAUCAUCCUUCUCUCCUAUUCAUUUCCUCUUUUAUUCUCUUGUUAUAUCUCUCUCUUCCACUAUCAUAUGUGGUGGAAUUGAGACAGAUCAUGAGGCUUUGCUGAAAAUCAAGUCGUUGAUCACUCGAGAUCCAUAUGGAGCUCUAACCUCAUGGAACGAUUCUCUUCGUUUAUGUGACUGGAGUCAUGUUUAUUGUGGGAAGCGCCAUAGAAGAGUGACUAUCAUAGACUUGUCAUCGCAAGGCCUAGAGGGCUCGUUGUCUCCUCAUGUGGGGAACCUCAGCUUCCUCCGUACGCUUUCUCUUGGUAACAACAGCUUUCAAGGAGCCAUCCCUCAAGAAGUUGGUCGUCUUUCUAGGCUAUGUCGACUGUAUUUGUACCAAAACAAAUUCAACGAGGUCAUUCCAACUAACAUAUCUGGUUGUUUUAACAUUGAAGCGAUUGUUCUUUCCAAUAACGAGCUAGUUGGAAGCAUACCCAAGGAGAUCAGUUCCCUCACCAAACUUUCUUUUCUUUCACUUUUUCAUAAUAAGCUUACGGGUGGAAUCCCAACCAUCUUGGGAAAUGUUACAUCAUUGGAAUUGUUUUCUGUUUCCGAUAACGAGCUAGUUGGAAGCAUACCCAAGGAGUUCAGUUCCCUCACCAAACUUACUUUUCUUUCACUUUUUAAUAAUAAGCUUACAGGUGGAAUCCCGCCAUACUUAGGGAAUAUGACAUCAUUGGAAGUGUUCUCUUUAAAAGGAAAUCCGUUGGGUGGGACCUGUGACAACCGGCACAAAACCGGAGGUCUUUAUCCGGCCAUAGGUGCAAUGCUUCCUAAUCUUUUUUGGCUUCAAUUAUGGGGUAACCAACUAAGUGGACCUCUUCCGGCAUCCAUUUCUAAUUGUACGAGUUUAAAACUUCUUGAACUCAAUAAAAACAAGUUUAGUGGACACUUGACAGUUGACUUUUCAAAGCUAACGGAGAUGGAAAUUAUAAACAUUGAAGAUAACCUCUUUGGAAGCAAAGAAGCAGAUGAAAUGAAGUUUAUUGAUUCUUUGAAAAACUGCAGAAGAUUAAAGAGCUUAGCAUUUGGUAAUUGCGGGUUUCAAGGAGUUCUCCCUAGAUCAAUUGGUAAUCUUUCUAAUCAACUCUAUGAGCUAACAUUUUAUGGAAAUCAGUUACAUGGAAACCUCCCUAGUUCAAUCGGUAAUCUUGUUGGCUUGAAUAAGUUGUCAUUAGGAGGAAACCAAUUCACGGGAAAUAUCCCUUCAACCAUUGGUAAACUUCAAAACUUGCAAGACCUUUAUUUAUAUGAAAACCAACUUUCAGGGCAAAUUCCUGAUUCCAUAGGGAACUUGUCAUCAUUGAUAAAACUUUCUUUAUCUUCAAACAUGUUAGAAGGGGUAAUUCCAUCAAGUCUAGGAAAUUGUCAUCAUAUAUUAUCCUUGUUCCUUAAUGAGAAUAAACUUAAUGGGAAAAUACCUGUACAACUUCUUCAACUUUCAAGUCUCUCCAUAACAUUGGAUCUUUCUCAAAAUAACCUGUUUGGUUCACUUCCAACUGAGAUUGGAAACCUCAACAUGUUGACUACUCUGAAUUUAUCUGAUAAUAAUUUUUCUGGUAACAUUCCUAGUAGCCUUGGUGGCUGUAGUAGCCUAUUACGGUUGUCCCUCAAAGGCAAUUUAUUUCAAGGUAUGAUACCAUUAUCAUUAAAUUCCUUGAAAGGAUUGGUGGAACUCGAUAUUUCUCAUAACAACUUUUCGGGGCAUAUUCCUAGAUUUUUCGAAAAGUUUAAGUUAGAAUAUUUGAACCUAUCAUAUAAUGAUUUUGAGGGUGAAGUUCCAAUGUUAGGAGUGUUCGCUAAUGAAAGUACAUUCUCUGUUUUGGGGAAUAGAAGGCUUUGUGGUGGCAUUAUUGAACUUGGGUUAUCCAAAUGCAAGGAGACAAGUAAAUUUACAAAGAAGCUUCAUCUCUAUUUAAUAGUCACAUUGAUCGCAUCCACACUUUUCACCGCAACAUGUUUAGCAUAUGCUUGGUGUAAGAAGAAAAGAAAGAGCCAUCUUUCACAAUCGUCAACAAGCGAACGACACCUAAAAGUUUCAUACAGUCAACUUCUAAAGGCUACCAAUGGGUUCUCCGAAUCCAAUUUGAUUGGAACUGGUGGUUAUAGUUCUGUUUAUAAAGGAAUCCUUUUUGAAGAUAAUGACACAUUUGUUGCAAUCAAAGUUCUACAUCUUCAUACUCGAGGAGCUCAAAGAAGCUUUAUGAGGGAAUGUGAAGCAUGGCGGAAUCUUCGACACAGGAAUUUGUUGAAGAUUAUAACUUCAUGUUCAAGUAUUGACUUUCAAGGAAAUCCAUUCAAAGCUUUGGUAUAUGAGUUCAUGCCCAAUGGGAGUUUGCAUGAUUGGUUGCAUUCAAGUGGAAAUACAUCAAGGCUAAACCUUCUUCAAAUGAUAAAAAUUCUUAUGGAUGUAGCAAAUGCACUUGAUUAUAUUCAUAAUCACUGUCUACCAACCAUUAUUCAUGGUGACCUGAAUCCUAGUAACAUUCUACUCGAUAAUGAUAUGGUGGCUCAUGUUGGAGAUUUCGGUUUAGCUCGGUUUCUUGGAACUUCAUACCAAAACAACUCAACUGGGAUUCGCGGUACAAUGGGUUACAUUGCUCCAGAGUAUGGUCUCGGGAGUGAGAUGACAAGUAAUGGGGAUAUCUACAGUUUUGGAAUACUAGUUCUAGAGGCGAUGACCGGGAAACACCCAACUGAUGACAUCUUUAAUGAAGACCUUAGCCUUCAUAAAUUUGCUUCAAUGGCCUUGCUAGACAAUGUAAUUGAUAUCAUUGAUGUUAACAUUCUAAACCUGUAUCAAGAGGAUAGAAUUGUUCUGCAAAAUAAUGAAGAAAAUGCCAAGAAAAUAGAGGAAUGUUUGACUCUAACAAUUAAGAUUGGAGUAGCAUGCUCUGUGGAUUCCCCAACACAAAGGAUGGAUGUCAAAAAGGUUGUGCGUGAAUUGCAGCGGAUUCUCGAUACACUUGAAAAUAUUUGAGGCACGUUGUUCAUUAUUCAGGUCUAGGAGAGAGAUGGUGUAUCAUGCAUGUCAUCUCGGGCUGUCAAGCCGAGCCGAGCCAGGUUAGGCUUGAGCUCGAACUUAAACGAGCCCGCUUAGCUUGACUCAUUUAUAUUAUCGAGCUAAAAAGUGGAGCUCAAGCUCGACUAGUAAAAAGUUUGAGCCAACUCUAGCCCAAUCGAGCCAACUUUAACUCAUUUUCAUAAUUUUUUAAAUAUUUACAAGGAUUGAUAAUAUAAUAAAAAAUAAACAUUAUGUAUUGUUUUUGUUUUUUUUUUUCUAAUAUUUUAAACACAGAAUGAC